AUGAAUGACACUAACUUCCUGUUAAGACCAAAACGAUCUUUCACGUCCCUCAAAGAAGAUGAACACUUCUAUAAAAAAUCCAUUUUGAAUGGGACAACUAAGGAACUUGUUCCACCUUCCAUGAAACUAUCAGAUUUGGCUUCAACUUCUUACCAGCUUCCAGCCAAACAUCACAAACUGUUGGAAGAAUCAGUGAGAGCUCCUCUUCGUCAUCUGUCUCACACUGAAUGGAUUUUAGGGACAACAGGGAAAAUCAUUGCAGAGAAUUUCCCCGAAAAUGAGGAUCUCGUCAAUCUCAUUACAACAGCCUCAACUAUGGUAAAUAAAGCUACAAGGGACACCAUUUCAAAUGCCACAAACGUCAUACUGACUCAAAGGGACGUAAGCUCCAAGUUCAGGAAGUCAGACGCUGAAGCCCUUAGGAAUCUCCCCAUCAACACCAAAUUUUUAUUUCCUGAAGAGAAUUUAAAAAAUAUCUGUGAAGGGUUGGAUAAAUCUAAAACCUCAAAAGCGCUACAAGAUUUAGCUUCAAACUGGAAAAAUCGAAAACAGAAUUAUGAUAAAUCCAGUAAUAACAACUCCAACAGAAGUAGUAAUCAACAUUCCAACUUUAACAGGAACAACUUCAACAACAACAACAACAACAGAAACAACAAUAGGGGAAACUUCUCUGACCGUUCUACUUCUACAAAAUCCAACAACAAUAACAACAAAUCAGGCUUUAAGAAGCGUAAAUGA